ACACAAACAUAUUUUAUUUGUAUUAAAUUUUUAUAAAAAUAAGAAGUGUUAAUUUUUAACUUAACGAGGAUAUGAAAAAAAUUACACAGUAUCGUUUAUGUAGUAAAGGUAUAAAUUCGUGAAAAAACGUCAUGCAAAAAUCGUUCCAGGCUGGUACUAACUCCGUAGUUUUAUUGGAAAAGAAUGAGGAGUCGUUCAAUGCUGCAUUAAGAUAUGCAGGGGUGGAUGCCUUAUCCAAAGAUAAUGAAAAUGUCGUUUUGAAUCUCUUAACAUUAUUUUAUUUCUUAGCCCGUUUUAAUCUUUUAGAAGAUCGUCAUCGUAUUUUAAAAAUAUUUUCAAAAGGUGUUGAAACUCCGAAUUGGGUGUCUGACAGUCUAAAAGACGUGUAUACUGAAGCUCAAAAGCAAGGGGACACGUUGUUUGAGAAAUUCGUUCCAGUGGCUUUAACAUUAACACGCUAUGAUUCGGAACAAACUCUCUCGCUUCCUCUUCAAGUAUUGGCAUUCCAAGGGGGUUGUCUAUUUAAUACAUUAGAGACAGGAUCCGCUGGGUCUAAUAAUGCAGUCGCCCAUGGGUUUAUAGUAGGAAACGCAACUGAAAAAAACAGUGUUGAUUUAUUUCAUCAGUCUACAAGAUACAAAAGAAUAACAUCAUGGCCUACUGUUAAACUUCAUAGAACUGCUGUGAAAAUUCUUUCUAAAAAAAAUAUUAUUAAAAAAGGAGCAGGAGCUAUUGAGCGCUGUAUGGAAGAAAUUAAAAUUGCUAAAAAAGUUUCACAUGACGCUAUUAUACGUACUCUACAGGUCUGUGAAGCCUACAAUCUGAUUUUUCUUGUAAUGGACUUCGCUAAUGCUGGUGACUUAGUUAGUGCUAUCCGACAAUCUGGUUGUUUUACGGAAAAGGAAGCUUGUCAUAUUUUCUCACAGAUUGUAUCAGGCCUCACUUACCUCCACGGUCUAUCUAUUAUUCAUAGAGACAUUAAGCCGGAAAACAUUCUGUUACAAAAAUAUCCGAAUUCAUUGACUAACUCCAUCGAAAAUUGUCAGGCUAUGCUGGCUGACUUUGGAGCUGCUGUUGACGUUAGUGAUAAAACCACCUCGGUAUUGAGUGGAACAGUUGGAACAUUAGCAUACGCUGCACCAGAGAUACUGGGGGGAGCGCCUUAUGAAGCAAAACCUGUGGAUGUGUGGUCUUUGGGAGUAGUUUUAUUUGCAAUGGUAUAUGGAAAACUUCCUUGGACGCUUGAGAACAAAAGUAUAUCAGAGGCGUUUUUCAUACAUAAAACGAAAUCUUAUACUAUUCCUUUGGAGCGUGAAAUACAUGGACCCGUUUCUCGUGAAUGUCGACAUCUCAUAACAAAUCUCAUAAGGCUUAACCCCUCCAACCGUAUUACUUUAAACGAAAUAAAAAUGCAUCCCUGGAUGGUAAAUAAAUUUCCACCUAUACGUUCUGUGAAAUUUAAUUGGCAAACGUAUCCAAUUGAAAAAAGAAAAUAUCCAAAUUUUCCUGUGGUACUUGAUGAGGAAAAAAUUAUAGUACCCCAAACUUACCGCGUUCCAGUAAAUUCAGCUUCGACUGACUCGUUAUCAUUUUGUGAGACAACGACAGUAUCAGCUGAGGAAGCAUCUUUAGACAAUAAUGAAGUUCAUCGUGACAUGCUGAAACAAGUAACAAGUUCAUACAAUUGUACAAACGGCUCAAGUGUUGUAACUUCUGCGCAGUCUACGGAUACAAAAACUACCAGGUGCAACUACAAAACGUAUUCACAUAGUAAUUCGGAAUGUUUUGAGAAUGAUGGAAUAACUGUGCGCAAAGCAGCACGAUAUGCGGCACAAUACAUUGCAACAGCAGCUGUGGAUAUUUUAAGUGGUUUACGAUCCAUACGACGUACAAAUAAAAGUGAAUGCUUAGAUGUAGACAAAGAAAUUAAUGUAAAUAAACCUUGUGAAAUAAUUCAUAAAAAGGUAAAAAAACCUGAAGAAAUCUUUUCAAAUAACGUGAAAACAAAAUUAUUAUCGUUUGGAAAUUCUGAUUAUCACUCCAACCAAGCUUUACAAUCAUCCUUUCGAAAUAAAAUGAGUCACCACGAUAUUUUGAAAGCCAAAAUACCUCCUUUAAACAUUUCACUGUAUAACACAAAUACAUUACAAGUUCAAAUAUCGAAAUCCAACUUACUUCGCAGUGUUGUGACUCACCGAGAUAAUAACAAUACUAUACCAUAUAGAAACCAUCUCUAUUCUCCAAAGAACGGAGGAUCGAGGACUGAAAGAAUACAUCCAUAUGCAUCCCCUCAUUCAAACACAAAUCAGCCGUGGUCCCUAACGUAUGAUAGGUUGAUGAUGACAACACCACAUAUUCCUUAUGGGUAUACUUUACGUUCAUUAACUCCCAAAGCAUCUCCUAUAUCAAUGAGACAAAUUUUAAGAAAUACUUCAUAAUUUAUGUGAAAGUCCUAAGAAGACCAACACAAAUAGGAGUUUUCAACAAAGUAUGUUACCAAUCCAUAUUCUCGAGAAAAUGGUACCAUAAGAAUGUUUUACAAUCAAAAUAUGAAAAAAUCAUGAUUGACCAUUAUAUGUUUCAGCUCUAUAUUCUUAUUAUAUAUAAUUUUUUGAUGCACGCGCUACAAUAAUAAAAUUAAAGAGAUCCAAUAAAAAAUAUUUAACCAUUUAAACAACAUUUUAAAGUA